GCACAGAUUGAAGUUAAAGGGAGAAAGAAGGUCAAAUACAAGGAUCCAAACUAUAUAUGAACCCCUUCUAUCUUUCUUUCUAUCUAUCUCCCCACAACACAUCAAAAUUUCAACUUUACCUUUGAGAAAUCAAAUACCAAAAUUCUCAAAACAUGUCUCUAAUAGCAGAGGAUGUGAAAGCCAGAGCAGAGGUGUACCAUGGAGAUGAAAUGUGCCAAGUGAAAUCCAAAGAGCUUCUGAAGGAAAUAGCCCUACCCAAUGGCCUCUUACCCAUGAAAGACAUGGAAGAGUGUGGCUACGACAGAGAAACUGGCUUCGUGUGGCUGAAGCAGAAGAAGAGUUAUACCCACAAGUUUGAAAAAAUUGGGAAACUCGUUUCCUAUGCCCCUGAAGUCACUGCACAUGUUGAGCAUGGCAAGAUCAAGAAACUCACUGGUGUUAAGACCAAAGAGCUUCUGCUUUGGGUCUCACUCAGUGAUAUCUACAUCGAUGAUCCACCCACUGGCAAAAUCACUUUCAAAACCCCUGCAGGGUUGUUUAGGUCAUUUCCAGUCUCUGCUUUUGAAAUUGAAGAGAAGUCUAAGCAAAUUGAUGAUGCAGCUGCUGCAGGUGCAGGUGCAGCUGUUCAAGUCAAAGAGGUUUGAUUCAUUCUGAAUCUUAAUUGAGGGGGUGGUUCUGCCGGUUAUCGCUGAUUAAUAUGUUAUCAAUAAGUUUAUUUAUGUUAGUUUUAUCAUAUUCACAUCAUACCCUUUUAGAUUUUUAGUUCAGUUUCAUACCUAAUUAACCAUCCUCCUCUUCAAUACAAAUCAAUUUUAAAGAUUCCUUUUUUUCAAUCAAUCGCAAGGUCAAUUAUAAUUUCAGAGAUGCAUGCCUAUUCCCAGAUUGCACAAGAUUGUUG